GCUACAGGUACCCGUAGUAUGGCUCUAACUCCAACUCCAACUCCAAUACCAACACCGUGACCUCGAACCACCUUUACGGACACAUGUGUCUGUUCCUUCCAGAUGUUAGCUCCCACUCAUCACCGCAGGAUCAGGGUUGUUUUCGCACAUGGGCUAUGCUUCACCUUGGCCGCCCUUGGAUCAGCUAACGGUUCCUAUUAGGCCUUCUUUUUUUCCAGGGUUGACCAUCGGUUUUGUCCGAAAGAAUGUCUGUUUGCAAAUUCGUCAAUGUUGCCACAUCAGUCGGCCGAAUUGACGGACAUAGAGUCACGAUCAGCCCAGGAUGGCAGACGAAUGUGAACUUUCAACAGUUCAUACUACAGAAGGGGUCGCCCUUCAAGAGGAUAAGGAGUGCUCAGAGACAUUGGAAGUAUGUCAUGUCUCCAAUAAUUGGGACCCUCCCUCAAGCCUGCACGAGUUUUCCGAAGGUGGUUGGGCAGGUUGGGCAACUGCUUUUGGAGCUUUUCUCGUACAGUUUUGCGCAUUUGGGUAUAUUACUUCAUUUGGUGUCUAUCAAGACUUCUAUACCCAACAUUACUUGACAAAUGAGACGUCGUCUGCUAUAUCAUGGAUCGGGAGCACAACCGCGUUUUUACUCAUGACUGUGAGCCUCGUGUCAGGUUUACUGCAUGACCGAGGGUAUUUUUACCAUCUCAUAAUUGCCGGAUCGUUCCUGCACAGUUUAUCCCUAUUCAUGUUGUCUAUGUCGAAACCCAAUCACUACUACCAAAUCUUUCUUUCUCAAGGCUUAGGGUUGGGUAUUGCGUCGGGGCUUGUGUAUAUUCCUACCAUGGCUGUCAUCUCCCAUCACUUCCGACGGAGACGUACACUGGUUAUGACGUUCGUUGCCACAGGUUCACCGCUGGGUGCUAUCAUCCAUCCGAUUAUGCUCAAUAACCUCCUCAACGGCCCUCUUGGUUUUGCUAAUGGCGUCCGUGUAAGCGCAGGGUUGAUCAGCUUAUUUCUCUUGACUGCAUGUCUAUGCAUGCGAACUCGCCUUGAUCCGCCGGCGACACCAGUGAACUAUAUUGCGGUAGCUAGAAAAUGCAUUUAUGAUGUGCCGUUCAUGCUCCUGAUAGCAGGGACCUUUCUUCUCCAGACCGGCUUCUACUAUCCGUUAUUCUUCUUCCAGCUCGACUCCAUCAAGCACGGUAUCAGCGUCAAAUUUUCGUUUUACUCUUUAGUGAUUUUAAAUGGGUCCAAUUGCUUGGGACGAUUCACGUCAGGGUUUAUUGCGUCAUUCACGGGGGUUCUGAAUUUAACCAUAGUGGCGUCAAUCUCGUGUGGUGUGCUCAUUUUGGGCAUGAUUGGGCUGAAUAACUUGGCCAGCGUUAUUGUGCUUGGCAUGCUUUAUGGCUAUCUUUCAGGGCUGAACGUUGCGAUGGCGCCUCCACUCGUAGCUACUCUAACGCCCGACCUGUCUGAGCUUGGCGCACGGAUGGGCAUCUGUCUCUUUGCUGCUGGAUUCGGAGGUUUGAUCGGGGCACCUAUAUCUGGCGCUCUGCUAACAUCUAAUUAUACCUGGUGGAUACCGGGUCUGUUCUCCGGGACUGUUUCACUGGCUGCUGCCAUGAUGUUUAUCAUCAUGCGAUAUAUGUUUCUCAAAAGGCAGCGCGUCCCAGGUACAUUACAGGAUGCAGUCUUGGAAUAUAUUCUGCGUCGUUUAAUUGCCACCAGGAUGAUAAAAGAACAGACUAUGCAACUUCUUUCAAUCGGAUUCCGAUACGCGAGAAGAGGAGGAAACCUGAAGCGAUUUGCUGGAUGUGGUUUUUUUGUACCUCUGAUCGACGGUCUCUUCAAUCUAGUAUGAAUUUUCCCCUAUGCUCGCCUCCUGUUUCUCUAGUUUUAGAUCCCGGAUUAGCACAAACUAUUUGAGAAGCUUUUUGCUCGCUGGUACUAGAUAUCAUGCACUAGAGCAUCGCAGUCGCCAGAACAUAGAGACUGGGAUCCGACUGACGGUGAACGCAUGAUGUCCGAUGUUGUCA